GAAGUGGGCGUACCUCACGGAAACUGGCUUUGGCCCUGCGGCUGCUGCCGUCGCGGCGGAGAAACUGUUGGAGCUGGCAGCCUAGGAAUGAAUCUCCUCCCAGCCUCUAAGCUCACCUGGUCAGAAUCCUUGGAUGAGCCUGUGGGACCCUUCCUCCUAGCCCUGUGGUUUGGAACCGGUGGCUUUGGGACUGUAAGAGGAUGGACAAAGAUUCUCAGGGGCUACUAGAUUCAUCCCUGAUGGCAUCAGGCACUGCCAGCCGCUCAGAGGAUGAAGAGUCGCUGGCAGGGCAGAAGCGAGCCUCCUCACAGGCCUUGGGCACCAUCCCUAAACGGAGAAGCUCCUCCAGGUUUAUCAAGAGGAAGAAGUUUGAUGAUGAACUGGUGGAGAGCAGCCUGGCCAAGUCCUCUACGCGGGCAAAGGGGGCCAGUGGGGUGGAACCAGGGCGCUGUUCUGGAAGUGAACCCUCCUCUAGUGAGAAGAAGAAGGUGUCCAAGGCCCCCAGCACUCCUGUGCCGCCCAGCCCAGCCCCCACUCCUGGAAUCACCAAGCGAGUAAAAAAGAGCAAACAGCCACUUCAGGUGACCAAGGAUCUGGGCCGCUGGAAGCCUGCUGAUGACCUCCUGCUCAUCAACGCUGUGUUGCAGACCAAUGACCUGACGUCAGUCCACCUGGGUGUGAAGUUCAGCUGCCGCUUCACCCUUCGGGAAGUCCAGGAGCGCUGGUACGCCCUGCUCUACGAUCCUGUCAUCUCCAAGCUGGCCUGCCAGGCCAUGAGGCAGCUGCACCCAGAGGCCAUUGCUGCCAUCCAGAGCAAGGCCCUGUUCAGCAAGGCUGAGGAACAGCUGCUCAGCAAAGUGGGAUCGACCAGCCAGCCCACCUUGGAGACCUUCCAGGACCUGCUGCACAGACACCCUGAUGCCUUCUACCUGGCCCGUACUGCCAAGGCUCUGCAGGCCCACUGGCAGCUCAUGAAGCAGUAUUACUUGCUGGAGGACCAGACAGUGCAGCCGCUGCCCAAGGGGGACCAGGUGCUGAACUUCUCCGAUGCAGAGGACCUGAUUGAUGACAGUAAGCUCAAGGACAUGCGAGAUGAGGUCCUGGAACAUGAGCUGACAGUGGCUGACCGGCGCCAGAAGCGAGAGAUUCGUCAGCUGGAACAGGAAUUGCACAAGUGGCAGGUGCUCGUAGAUAGCAUCACAGGCAUGAGCUCUCCGGACUUCGACAACCAGACGCUGGCAGUGCUACGGGGCCGCAUGGUGCGGUACCUGAUGCGCUCGAGAGAGAUCACCCUGGGGAGGGCAACCAAGGAUAACCAGAUUGACGUGGACCUGUCUCUGGAGGGUCCAGCUUGGAAGAUCUCCCGGAAGCAAGGUGUCAUCAAACUGAAAAACAACGGUGAUUUCUUCAUUGCCAAUGAAGGUCGGCGGCCCAUCUAUAUCGACGGCCGGCCGGUGCUGUGUGGCUCCAAAUGGCGCCUCAGCAAUAACUCCGUGGUGGAGAUUGCCAGCCUGCGAUUCGUCUUCCUCAUCAACCAGGACCUCAUUGCCCUUAUCCGGGCUGAGGCUGCCAAGAUCACCCCACAGUGAGGCGUGGUGGCAGGACCCAUGGGCUUUCUGGCCUCAGUUUCGCCUGCCAUUCCAGCUCCCUACCUAGAGCUGGGAACUCGGGCUCCUGGAAAAACCAGUGGGUAGCGAGAGACCAAUGACAGCCCACUGAUCUGAGCCUUUGCCGGGGUGGGGCGGGGGAGAGGGUACGGGGCUGGCCCUCAGGAACCCCUAGGGGCUGGGACUCUGCAGCUCCCUUAGAGCCAGAGCCCCUCCCCUUCUCUCAGCAGACCACCUCCCCUCUCCCUGGACUCCUAAUCCCUGUGUCUCCAGCUGAUUAGCUUCAGACUUUUACUGUAUUACUUUUCUUUUGUAAGUAAAAAGCACUGAGUUCCAAA